AUGUCCGCCACAGCAGUUCCAUUUUCAUACCACCCGAAAGCUCAGACAGACUUCAAGAUUCCUCUUCUAGCAGGGGACAAUGCCUACCUCGGAGACGUGUUUUCCUCAGACAAGACAAAUCCAGAAAAGCCAAUUUCCGCGGGACUUUACCGGCUCGAAAAGGGUGAACCCUUGGUCUACACGUACAAAUAUGACGAAAUGAAGAUCUUCUUGGAGGGAGAUAUGACCAUUACGGACGCGACGGGCCAAUCAGUGAAGGCUACCGCGGGGGACGUCUUUUACUUUCCUGCCGGCAGUACCAUCACAUUCACUACUUCAAACUACGGACUGGCGUUCUACUGCGGCCAGAGAAAACACAGUGACUUCUAA